AUGUGUGCUAUUGCCAUGCUGCUGAAGCUUUGCACACAGCUCUUGAUCUUCGAGGCAAUUUCGGCUUUCGGUGCGAGACAUGGUGAAGGCUUUCAUGCUCUAGCCGGUGGCGGUGCAGAAGUUCGAAUCUAUGCGCCUCAUGCACAGCAAGUCUCCGUGGCUGCAUCCUGGAACUCCUGGAUGCCAACGGAUCAUUUGCAAAGCCAAGGUGAUGGCUGGUGGAUGCUGAGGCUAGCUGCGGACCCGACGAGAGACUAUCUUCUUCGAAGAGGGGCCGCUUACAAGAUUCAUAUUGUCUCCGAAGAUGGUGAGGCAUAUUGGCGCCCAGACCCAUGGUCGAGGAAGCAAGAUGGGGAGACGUUGGGAAACUCAAUCGUCUAUGCCGAUGACAGCUUCGAGUGGUCAGAUGCUGACUGGUCCAUGCCUGACUGGCAGAAUCUAGUGGUCUACGAGCUUCACGUCGGCACUUUCUGUGGUCAUGAAGGAUGGUCGGGAAGUGCGACGUUAGACAUGUGCAUCCCAAAGCUGGAUCACCUGACUGAGCUUGGUGUGAAUGCCGUGGAGCUCAUGCCGGUUGCUGAAUUUGAUGGGGAGGUUGGCUGGGGAUACACAACAGCCUAUCCAUUCGCGGUAGAGCAUGCAUAUGGUGGGCCGGAUGCGUUCAAGCGCUUCGUUGAUGCCUGCCACAAAGCAGGAAUCGCCGUGAUCAUGGAUGUAGUCUACAAUCAUUUGGGGCCCAUGGACCUUCCUUUGUGGCGCUUCGACGGAUGGUUCGAGAACGAUCUGGGAGGAAUUUAUUUUUACAAUGACGAGAGAGCCGAGACCCCGUGGGCCCACACUCGCCCGAACUAUGGCUUACAGCAUGUCAGGUCCUAUAUCAGAGACAACGCUUUGUUCUGGUUGGACACUAUGCACUGCGAUGGUUUGCGAGUGGAUGGGGUAAGCUUCAUCCGCUUGUGGGGCGGAUCUGAGACAAAUCGUAGUUCGGCCACCUUUAAUCCCGACGGAGAGCUCAUGCUAAAGGAGUUGACUGAGGCCGCUCAUGGGCUGCAGGGAAAGAUGAUGAUUGCUGAGGACUUGCAGGGCAACGCCACGCUGACUCAAGAAGUUUCCAUGGGUGGAUUGGGCUUCGACAGUCAGUGGGAUGGUGGCUUUCAUUGGCCAGUUUUCCACGUGCUUGCAAAAGCGAAGGACAAGGACCGACGUAUGGAGAGACUGAAAGCGGCCAUACUCGGAGGUUCGCUCCAAGGCUCGCUCUUGCGCCGUGUGAUUUACAUUGAAAGCCACGAUGAGGCAGGCAGGCAGCGACUUCCGGCGGUCGUGUCACCCGGCCAUGAAGAUUCGUGGGUAGCUGCUCGCCUGGCGGCGCUGGGAUCUGCUUUGGUCAUGGUCAGCCCAGGCAUUCCAAUGCUUUUCCAGGGCCAAGACUUCUUGGUGGAAAAUCCCUUUUCCGCCGGGACACCCUUCGACUGGGCAAUGAAGACUACGCACACUGGCACUUUCACUCUGCACAAAGACUUGAUUGGGCUGCGACGGAAUUUGCUGAACACAAGCAAAGGGCUGCAAGGGGAAGGGGUUAAUGUAACGAUUGACGAGGACAACAAGGUCUUGAUGAUUCACCGCUGGCAUAUUGGUGGGCCGGGCGAUGAUGUCGUGGCGGUAUUCAAUUUUCAACGCAGUUUCUUGAGCCAUCAGGAGGUGGACUUCCCAUUCCAGGCUGAGUGGUCGCUGGCUUUCAACUCAGCGGAUGCACGUUACCACAACAGUGCGACGGUCUUCCACCAAGAAACCGAAGCUUCCGAGACAUUGCGGUCUAGCUCGGGCAGCUUGCUUCUUGGCUUGCAAAACUCGUAG